UGGGAUGGGUAAGUAGGUAGGUAAGCUUUGCUCGGCGCUCAGACAGGUGAGUGCCGAAGCGUGCAGACUGCGUCCUCUGAAGUCGCUCUCUCCACAUUUUCGGUGGAAAUUCAUUCAUCUAUCUCUCGCUUUUUUUUCUGCUCGUUGAUUAUUAUUUUUUUCUUCUUCUUACAAAAAUUUGUGUCGCCAACAGUCCGGCCUGCGAUGGCGCCUGCCUAUUUAUUUUGACUCUUCCCUCUGCCUCGCACCUGCCUCUUCCUCCCAUCUCGCGUGUGCCCCUUGCGCCCAAGGCCGCCGCUGCUGCUGGUGGGGGGCGGGGGGUGCGACCACUUCUCUCGUAGCACAUCCCCCGCCCCAGCGCCCCCCACACCCCACCCCGACUCAAACGCCGGGGACUCUCCAACGCCCCCGAUCCUCCGCGGCGGAUCGGAUUCAAUGUAAGGGGACCGAGAAGAGGCCCCCCUCCCUCCUCACCCCGCCACCUCCAACCUCCCCGUCGUGCCUGCGUGUGGACACGCAACGCAGUUGCACGUGGCCGCAGCUCUCGGCGGAGGCGGAACAGGCGCCACCCGCCGGCUGCCGUCGUCUUGCGCCAUGGGGGAGCAGCCCGUAUUCUCGUCCGAGGCGCAGGUGUUCCAGAUCGACCCAACGACGCAGCGCUCCUGGCUGCCCGUGAGCCAGCAGGUGGUCCGGGUCUCCUUCUACCACGAUGCCGUGCGCAACAUCCACCGCAUCAUCAGCAUCGAUGGCACCAAGGUCAUCAUCAACAGCACUAUACUGCCAAGCAUGAAGUUCACCAAGACAUCGCAGAAGUUUGGCCAGUGGGCUGACAGCAAGGCCAACACGGUGUUCGGGCUGGGCUUCAACUCGGAGAAGCUGCUCAUGGAGUUUUCCCAGAAGUUCGAGGAGAUGAAGGAGGCUUCUGCGGGCAAACAGCAGCCGACGCAGGACGGGGUGAAUGGCGCUGCCACGGGGUCCGGCACGGGGCCGUCCUCCACCACGGACACUGGCAAGCUCCCACCGAGACCUCUGGGCCCGCUGGAGAGGCUCAACAAGCUGAACGAGAGGCCGCGCCCUCCGGUGUCGGAGAAGCCAACCGAGGCGGCGGUGCUGCGCCGGGAUGGGCCCCCGCAGAACAGCAAAGGGGUCCGCCCCCUCUCGAUGGGCCCUGUGGCUGGCAUGCAGGCCCCUGUGGCUGGCAUGCAGGCCCCUGUGGCUGGCAUGCAGGCCCCUGUGGCUGGCAUGCAGGCCCCUGUGGCUGGCAUGCAGGCCCCUGUGGCUGGCAUGCAGGCCCCGGGCCGCACGGAAACAUGGGCAGCGGAGAUGGCAGCGUGCCGGCACGAGUGCGAGCAACUUCAGCACAAGGUGGCGGAGCUGGAGGGCCGGAAGGCCGAGGCUGACGCGCUGGCGGUGCGGAACGCGGAGCUGAGCGGGCGCGUGGCCGCACUGGAGGCUCGCCUCGCGGAGCGGGAGCAGGAGCUGGGGACGCUGAAGAUGAUGUCAGAGGAUUCUAAUCAGGUGCACAGACAGAAAGAGGAUGUCAUGCAAAAGCUAAAGGCUGCCGAGGAACGCGCCCAUCAGAUGGAGAGCCAGCUGCGCGAGCUGGAGCGGCGCCUGGCAGACGGGCGCGCUCGCGACGCCACGCGCAGGGCCCAGCUGCAAGCGUCGCUGCGCUCGCUCGACGGGAAGAUCUCCGAGCUGGCCGACCUGCGCAACUCGCUCGCACAGCUAGCCGUGUGAAACGCCGCCGCCGCCUCCGCAGCUUUCGUGACGAUGAACUCGCGUGUUUGUGUGUUUGACAACGGAUGUAGGCGCGGCGUCGAGAUACGGUCAUUUAAGUGCGCUACUCGGCGCCGCGGUAGCGCGACGAUGACGGCCUCGCGCUUGCUCAUCCAGAAUGGUUGGCGGCCAGCUGACACACCUCACCACUUUCUUCGUGGUGUUCGAGACGAGCCCGAAGCCAGAAUUCUUUGCUUCUGUAUUAUCCGUGGGCACACUUGAUCGUUUAUAUAUAUACACACAAAGUUAUUAAUAUAAUAAUGAUUAACAAUAACACACCCGGCCAUCUUGCAUCUAGAGAAAGCAGCACCAGCAACACUUGAUAGUGUCACCUAGACGAUGUAAACUUUGCUCAUUCAUUCAAUGCUCGGUUGAUUAUAAUAAAAAUAAUAUAUUGGAAAAACAAUAGCAAAUUCAUGAAUGAACAGGUGUUGGUUAAAGGUAUGCACUCAAUACCCAUGUGGUUAAAAUGCCACCUAGUUCCCGAACUCUAAAGACUUUCGCCUUUCAAGUCGCCUCACUCCCAUGUCUGAUUUUCCAUGACAUAUGAACCCUGGGGAAAGAAAAACAUAGGUUGCAUUUGCGGCGUUUUUGCAGGAAUGUGCAGCUAUUGCAACAGGAGAUAAAUUAGGGUCAUGCACUUCGUCGUAUCCCUGUAUGUGUUUGUGUUGGCGUGCGAGCACGUGUGUGUGUUUUAUUUAAAUUAUGUAAUUAUGUAAUGUCCAGAUGUCAGCUAACUACCAUUGUAUCAAUUAAUUGUCAGCCUUAUAAUUUUGAAUGUGUAUGUGAAUAAAUUAAAAUGUUCA